AUGGAUAGAGAGCAGGAAGAGCUUCAAUUCCUGGGUUUCUUUGGCAUAUUGAAAGAAUCAUUGAAGAUCCUCAUUUUUGCUAAUAUUUUGAACAACCAAGAUGCCUUGAAUUAUACACAAGCAGGGACGCCUGGGUACGAUAAAUUGUCUGAUGUAAUAUCAUUCGAAUGGGUUUCGUUUUGGCUCUUCAAAACUGCCUAUUUCACUUUCCUUCUCAUCCUUUCACUCCUCUCGACGUCGGUCGUGGUUUACAUGAUCGCAUGCAUUUACACAGGCAAGGAAACCUCAUUCAAGAAAGUCAUCAGCGUCGUACCCAAGGUUUGGAAGCGGCUUUUCAUGACGUUCCUGUGGAGUUUCGCCAUCGUUUUUGUCUACGGCAUCGCUUCCGGCGUGGUGUUGUUGAUGCCUCUUGCUGUUCUGGGAUUCGGCGGGUUGGGGAUGUCUGCUUUCGUUCUUCUCUUCAUCCCCUACUUGGCGGGACUGGUCUAUGUUUCCUUGGUCUGGCAAUUGGCUAGCGUGGUUUCGGUAAGAAGAUUUCGGGAUGAAAGCCAUGAAGAAGAGCAAGGCGUUGAUAAAGGCCUCAAUAGCACACGUAAACUUGUGUGA